UUGUUCUGGUGGCAGCGGAGUGGGGCUCAGCUGUUCUGGGUACAACGGCGUGUUUUGACCAUUUGACACCUCUAAUGGCGUCUUGUGCUCACUGUUUCUCCUCCUAACUACACACCGCCACUUCCUGCUCCACCCUCACCGUCUCCCCCUUGCGUUGCGGGCCGUAGUGAGCGCUGUUCGGUGUCGUGUGCAGGAUGGUGGUGUCCACAUCACAACAAGUCGCCCUGGCUUUCACCGCCGUGCUCUUCACCUUCGUCGUCCUGCCGAGGAUGUUCGGCGUCGGCGGCGGGACCGCGGCCAAGGACACGAGGUUCGACUCCCGCUACUCCAGGAAAGGUCCGGGUCCAGGCGGAGUCCGAGGUCAGCCCAUGAACGUGAACGGCCCCGGCGCUCCUCAGACCGCUGAGAACAUGCAGCAGAUGAAGAAGCUGAUGGAGCAGGAGCUGAGAGCUGACAAGUUCAAGUCUAACAACAACAACAAGGGCUACGUGUUCACACUGAUGCCUCUGUACGCCAUCGGAGUCGGAGUGUUUGCAGCCUACAAGUUUCUGAAGAUCAAGUCGGCGGACGACCAGGCACAAAAAGAUAAAGUUGCAAAAGGGGCCAAAAAAUCGGUGGAGGCAGAGAACCAGUUGAACGAGCUGGAACAAAGACUCGGGCAGACUGAGCGGAUGCUCAACUCCAUCCUCACGCAGCUGGACCCGCUCACUAACUGUGUGAAGUCAGUGGCCCAGGACCAGAAAAACGAGAUCAUGUCUCAACUACAGACCAUCCGCUACCUGAUGAAGAAGAGAGGAAUGGAGUGUCCACCACUCAACAUGAACGAGGCCUCCUGUGAGCGUAGCCUGGAUCACCUCAUAGAGUCCCUUGGGGUAAAGGACUUCUCUGCAGCCGCUGCUUCUUUGGGGGGCAGUGAGACAGGGACCUCGGAAAAUGACUCUCCGAAAAAUUCCGGCGCAAAAGAUGAAGCUGCAACAGAAGGUGAAGAGAUGAAGGAGCUUGUACCAGAGGAAUCUGAUGGGGAAGCAGUAAAAGAAGGAGAUAUGUUGGAGGAAGAGGCGGAGGAAGAAGAAGAAGAAGAAGAGGAUGAGGAGGAUGAGGAGGACGAAGAGGAGGAGGAGGAAGAAGGACUGGAGGACUGUAAGCUCAUGCCUUCUUUAGAGGACUCUUAUGAGCCAAACACUGGGAAGGUGUCGCCUGCAUCCGGCCUCAGGCGACGCAACAGGCUUGAAUGACUGCACGAAUUCUGCAAUGUAUAGAAAUGUAAUAGGUUAUUAUGAAUAUUUAUUAUCUGAAAGGCUUCCUUCCAAAACGCUGUCUACCUAUUCAUCACUGACAUAUACAGCAUAAUAAGAAACAUUAACCUCAUAUCCAAAGACAUGGGGCUGUAUUUUCCUGUUAUAGACACAAAGAUAAGCACUAUAGAUCUUACACACACUGCAAGACAGGGUAUAUGCAAGUGCAUGUGCUAUUUUUGCUUGUAUGCCUGCAGUGUGAUACAAUAUCAUGGUUUUCUACAGUAUCAGAAUAACCCAGUGGUAGUUGGUUAUGCAUCCAUGGGCACAUAGUACAGAGACGGCCAAUUGUCAGAUGCCACUUUGACCUAAUGUAAAACUAGAAUAACAGUCAGUAGAGCUAUACCCCUGCCAAGGUCCAACACUCGCCACGAAUUCAAUCAAGCUGCACCAAAUAUCUCACACUUUUAAAUAAAAGUCCCUUAAACGAGCUGUUUAAAAAAAAAUCAAUAGCAAUAAUUUAUUCUUUUGGAAAUCUUUGAGAAAAAAAUGUCUUCCCUGACUUGUACCACUUCCUAGACAGAGUUUUGUGAUAAACCGUCCAGUAGUUUUAACAGAAGAUUGUGUAGCAAAAUUACAGAUGUAGUCCUAAAAUAAAAAAAAAGCAUAAAAGAUCAAGUCAUCUAAAUAAAACAUAAUAAAUGGAGGACUUCAGGAGUUUGAAAUCAUGAUAUAAAAAUGAUAAACGAUGCUCUAAAGUUUUGUGGCAUGGCAGAUAUACGUCUAUCGGUUUCUCAGCAGGGAGAAGAGGCUGUCGCAGGUGUUUGUGUUGCUUUUCAGUUUCCUUUGGGCUCUGCACAGGUGCCUUGUGUCACUGAGAUCUCUGAUGCUCAGUAGAUGGAUACUGAUAAGGUUCUGCAUGGUUUUAAUCACCCGCUGCAGAGCUGUGCCGUCCUCCUGCUGCUGUACUAUCCAUCUUUUCACAGUAAUGAGGCUCAGAUGGGCUCCAUUGUUUGGGGAUGCAGUUGCCUACCGAGACUUUGAGACUUUAGAAACAUCUGCUCUAAGAUAUCAAAGCUACUGUCUAAUCUAGAAAUGACAGUUUAUGUGUAUCCCUCAGAAAAACCUACACUUUGCCUUGUGAUGCCUCAUUAUCAGCAUGGGACUGUACCAUGUUAGCUCGACCCAGGCACAGACAUCUAGAAGAGACCACAGGGUGUUCAAUGAAGGGGGAAAUGCCAACAUAGCUAUUUUUACUAUUGCUUGUUGUUUGACUCUUUGUGCUGACAUGGAAAUAGAGCCCACACUGUCC